AUGGCUUCCACCAGUGCAGAGAGCCAGCUCCAGAGAAUUAUCCAUGAUUUGCAAGAUGCCGUGACAGAACUAAGUAAGGAAUUUAAAGAAGCAGGGGAGCCCAUCACAGAUGACAGCAGCAGCUUGCAUAAGUUUUCUUAUAAGCUUGAGUAUCUCCUUCAGUUUGAUCAGAAAGAGAAAGCCACCCUCCUGGGCAACAAGAAGGACUACUGGGAUUACUUCUGUGACUGCCUGGCCAAAGUGAAAGGAGCCAAUGAUGGUAUCCGAUUCGUCAAGUCUAUUUCUGAGCUCCGAACAUCUCUGGGGAAAGGAAGAGCCUUUAUUCGCUACUCCUUGGUGCACCAGAGGCUGGCAGAUACCUUACAGCAGUGCUUCAUGAACACUAAAGUCACCAGUGACUGGUAUUAUGCAAGAAGCCCCUUUCUGAAGCCAAAGCUGAGCUCAGACAUUGUGGGCCAACUCUAUGAGCUGACCGAGGUUCACUUUGACCUGGCAUCGAGGGGCUAUGACUUGGAUGCUGCCUGGCCGACGUUUGCCAGAAGGACUCUGGCUACCGGCUCUUCUGCUUACAUGUGGAAACCCCCCAGCCGAAGCUCCAGCAUGAGCAGUUUGGUGAGCAGCUACCUGCAGACUCAGGAGAUGGCCUCCAGCUUUGACCUGAACAGCCCCUUAAACAACGAAGCACUGGAGGGAUUUGAUGAGAUGCGGCUGGAGUUGGAUCAGUUGGAGGUGCGGGAGAAACACCUGCAGGAUAGAAUGCAGCAGCUGGACAGAGAGAACCAGGAGCUGCGGGCAGCUCUGAGCUCACAGGAAGAGCAGCUUCGGAUGGAGAGGGAGAGGGGAUGUGCUGCUGCCGAGGAGAACAUCCGCCUCAUGAGCCUGGUGGCUGAGCUCCAGAAGCAGUGGGAGGUUACCCAGGCCACCGAGAGCACAAUAAAGGAGCUACAGAAGUACCUGCAGGCCCUGGAGCUGGAUGCAGCAGAGAAGGAGGACUACCAGUCAGCCCUGCGACAGCUGGAGUCCAUGCUGCAACCCGUGGUGCAGGAGCUCAAGAUCAUACAGGACUCAUUGGGAGGGAAGAACCAGCAGUUACUCAGUGUCUCAGCCUGGCUGGCCUGGGCUAAGCAGAAGACAGAAAUGACCCAGGGCACAAAGGAACAGCAAGAGCCUGUCCCAAGUGACUCGGCUUUGGCAAUCCAGGAGCUGGGGACAAAGCUUCAAGUCCUAGACGAGGAGAGCACCAAGGCCCAGGAGCUCAAUAGGCAGCAGAGUGCUCAGCUAGAGCAGCUGACCAAAGAGCUGCACCUCAAGGAGGAGGCCCGAGCCAACCUGGAGCAAGUGGUGAAGGAGAUGGCCCCCCUUCGGGAAGAACUGGCCAGAAAGGGGCAGGAGGCAGCCCAGCUCCAGCAUCAGUUACAAGAAUCGCUGGCCCAAAUGAGCUCCCUGAACGGGGAGGUGAUGGAGGUAAGACGCCAGGAGCAGCAGUGGCAGGAGGAGAAGGAGCUACUGGAGCAGGAGGCCAGGUCCUUGACAAGGCAGCUGCAGUUCCUAGAGACCCAGCUGUCACAGGUAAGCCAGCAUGUGAGCGACCUGGAGGAGCAGAAGAAGCAGCUCAUUCAGGACAAAGACCACCUCAGCCAGAAGGUGGGGACACUGGAGCAGCUUGCUGGACAGGCAGGCCCAGAGCUGCCCGUAACAAGUGAGGGGAGUGAAGCAUUGGCCCUCCUGUACUCCCCUGUGCCACAGACCUUUGAGAAACUGGAGGAGGAACAGAGCGGCCCACAGGAGGGCCAGUUUAGCCAUAAGGGUGACCAGGAAGAGAAGCUCCAGCAGGCCAACAGGGAGCUGAAAAAGGAGCUACAGAAUGUGCUCGAGUGCAACCAGCUCCUGGAGGGCAAACUGCAGGCCAUGCAGGCUGACUAUGAGGCACUACAGCAGCGGGAAGCAGCCAUCCGGGGCUCCCUGGCCUCCCUAGAGUCGGAACAGGCCAACAUUCGACUCAUGGGUGACCAGAUGGAGGCGAGCCUCCUGGCUGUAAGGAAGGCAAAGGAGAUCAUGAAGGCCCGAGUGGCAGAGAAGGAUGCUGUCCUGCAGCGCAAGGAGGAUGAGUGCCAGCAACUACGGGAAGAGGUUGAGCAGUGCCGACAACUGGCAGAGGCCCAGGACGGGGAGCUCAAGGCUCUUAAGAGCCAGUGCCAUGAGCAGACCCAGCUGAUCCAGGCCCUUACAGCAGAGAAAGGCCAACAGGGACUCAGCCCACCCCAAGACAAUAUAUCCCAUGACCUGACGUCUCAGCUAGCCCUGUCUCAGGCGCAGCUGGAGGUUCAUCAGGGGGAGGCCCAGCGCCUGAAGGCUGAGGUAGUGGACCUCCAGACCAAGCUCCAGGCAGCCCUAGAUGACCAGGAGAAGGCGCAGAGCCAGCGGGGUGUGGCUGAGGUAGACCUGAGAGAACACAAGGCUCUCGUGCAGCAACUGAAAGAACAGAAUGAAGCCCUCAACCGGGCCCAUGUCCAGGAGCUGCUGCAGUGCUCAGAACGGGAAGCGAUGCUGCAGGAGGAAAAGGCCAGAGAGGCUCAGCAGAGGGCCGAGUUGCUCCAGGCCCUGCAGGAGAAGCUGGCCCAGGCAAAGCAAGACUCCGCAACAGCCCAGCUGGAGCGUGUGGAGCUGCAGGAGCAGCUGCACAGGGCCAACACUGACACGGCCGAGCUUGGCAUCCAGGUCUGCACACUGACCGCAGAGAAGGAGCGGGUAGAGAGGGCCCUGUCCUGUGCCACCCAGGAACUCAGGGACACCAAAGAGACAACCUCCAGGGAGCGAGAGGGCCUAGAGUGCCAAGUGGCUGGAUUGCAGCAAGAGAAGGAGAGCUUGCAGGAGAAGCUGAAAGCAGCGGAGGAGGCAGCCAGCUUACUGGCUGGCCUGCAGGCCCAGCUGGCUCAGGCUGAGCAACGGGCCCAAGGCCUUCAGGAGGCUGCACACCAGGAGCUCGACACCCUCAAGUUCCAACUGAGCACUGAGAUCAUGGACUACCAGAAAAGGCUUAAGGCUGCCACUGAAGAGUGCAAAAGCCUCAGGAGCCAGCUGGAGGAGCAAGGCAGAAAGCUGCAGGCUGCCGAGGAGGCCGUGGGGAAGCUGAAGGCCACCCAAGCAGAUAUGGAAGAGAAGCUGAGCAGCACCAGCAACCAUCUUUCAGAGUGCCAGGCAGCCAUGCUACAGAAGGACGAGGAGAGGGCUGCCCUGCAUGCCAACCUGGAAAGGACCCAGAAGGAUCUUGAAAAAGCCACAGUAAAAUUCCAAGAGUGUUACAACAGACUCUGUGAGGAGGUGACAAACCGGGAGAAGAAUGACCAGAAGAUGCUUGCUGACCUGGAGGACCUGAACAAAACCAAGAAGUACCUCGAGGAACGGCUGAUAGAGCUUCUCAGGGACAAGGAUGCUCUCUGGCAGAAGUCAGAUGCGCUGGAAUUCCAACAGAAGCUCAGUGCUGAGGAGAGGUGGCUUGGGGAUACUGAGGCGAGCCACUGCCUUGACUGCAAGCGGGAGUUCAGCUGGAUGGUGCGGCGGCACCACUGCAGGAUAUGUGGCCGCAUCUUCUGUUACUACUGCUGCAACAACUAUGUCCUGACCAAGCACAGUGGCAAGAAGGAGCGCUGCUGCCGGGCCUGCUUCCGCAAGCUCAGUGAGGGCCCUGGCUCCCCUGACAGUACCAGCUCGGGCAACAGCCAGGGAGAGCCCAGCCUUGCACUGCCACCAGGGCAGGCUGGGCACCAGGCCACCAGAAGCCAAGGUGCCAACACAGACUGCAGGCCGCCAGAUGACGCUGUGUUUGACAUCAUCACGGAUGAGGAAUUGUGUCAGAUUCAGGAGUCCGGCUCCUCCUUGCCUGAAACACCCACCGAAACUGAUUCUCUUGACCCAAACAUUGCUGAACAGGACAACACAUCAAGCUCACUAACCCCAGAGGACACUGAAGACAUGCCUGUGGGUCAGGAUACUGAAAUCUGCUUGCUGAAGUCUGGAGAACUGAUGAUAAAACUACCCCUCACAGUGGAAGAGAUAGUCAACUUUGGGGAGGGCAGCAGGGAGCUGUUUGUGAGGUCCAAUACCUACAGCCUCAUCCCCAUCACUGUGGCCGAAGCAGGCCUCACCAUCAGCUGGGUCUUCUCCUCCGACCCCAAGAGCAUCUCUUUCAGUGUGGUCUUCCAGGAGGCAGAGGACACACCGCUGGAUCAGUGUAAGGUCCUCAUUCCCAUGACCCGCUGCAAUUCCCACAAGGAGAACAUCCAGGGCCAGCUCAAGGUCCGCACACCAGGCAUCUACAUGCUCAUCUUUGACAACACUUUUUCAAGGUUUGUCUCCAAGAAAGUAUUUUAUCGCUUGACAGUUGACCGACCUGUCAUCUACGAUGGAAGUGAUUUCCCAUAG